AUGUUUACCCUAGGCCCAACUAAGCUCGACCUGGGACUAGCUCGACCCACCCAGGUUCCGCCGUUCCUCUGGUUACGGUGGGUGAUGCCGAUUUUAGAGUUUUUCCGCUCCGGUCUGUUAUGGUUUUAUGGUUGCUCGGCGGUCGCGAUGAGAUUCACCUUCACUUUCACCUCCAACCUCUACCUUCGACUUCACCUUCACCGUCGCCGACACCCAACCCUUCGUGGCCCACAAAUCGUCGGUCCCGAAAACGAGACUAAUACCCUGGCUCCCGUGCGAAAGACCACCCAUAACAAGACUAAAUCGCUCAAAAUCAUGCAGCCUGCAGCUCCCGCCGGUAUCAAGGCCCCAGCCAAGAGAGCUUUCGGAGGCGAUAUCAGCAAUACUAACAAGGCUAAAUCUGGAUUCCCGGAUGUUGGCGCUGCGCAGAAGCAGAAUGUCGAGAUCGUUAAGCCAGCUCUGCAACAAGACAAGACCUCAGCCAUCCUCCAUGCAGUCCAACUUCCUGCGACCAAUGCUGCCUGCAGUGUCCCACUCGACCUUACCUCUGAGCCUCCUACGAUCCCCCUUGCGACCAAGCCCGUCCUCCCAUUGAAGCUUGUCCCCUCGAAGAAGCUCACAGCUAUCUACAAGGACCCGGAUGUCGAGGGCGCUUCAGUCACCAAUACCCUUCCCGCACCCGUUGCCGAGCACUCAGGCCUGGCUCCCCAAGUCCAAGGUCUUUUGUCGCAAACUCACCCUGGUCUCGGCCAUGACGAGAGCAAGUACGUGAAUGCCCACCACGAUCCAUCCGAGGAUACGCUUGGAGGUGGCCCUGCCUACGAGGAUGCUGCAGAGCAACAAGCUGGUGAGCUGGCCGAGAAGUGUCAAUCUUACACCGAGGCACAAGAGUUGGGAGAUGCUGUUGAUGUCGAUCAAAACCGUGGUGACUACCAAGACCAGACAACCCUCCCCGAGGCUACUCAACUCUCUUCCCCCGAUCUCUCUCAAUACGGUGAUGACGCUAUCAACGAGGAGGAAUAUGCUAUCAUUGAGGAGGAGUAUGAUGGUUACACUACUGCUUACUCCUACGUCUCCCGAGGCGAGACCACUGGUGUCACCACUCUCUUUGCGCCCACGAUUACCGCCGCCGUCAAGAAGGAGUUGGCUGCUGCGAAGCUGGUUGUUGAGAGUGCCCGAACCAUCGAAGAGGUGGAGGAUGAGGCCUGGGAUACCAGCAUGGUGGCUGAGUACGGCGAGGAGAUCUUUGGUUACAUGCGUGAUCUUGAGUCCAAGAUGUUGCCCGAUGCCAACUACAUGGACAACCAAACCGAGAUUCAAUGGUCUAUGCGCUCGGUCCUCAUGGACUGGCUGAUUCAGGUGCACCACCGCUUCUCCCUGCUUCCUGAGACUCUCUUCCUCUGUGUCAACUACAUCGAUCGCUUCCUCUCCUGCAAGAUCGUCUCCUUGGGUAAGCUGCAGUUGGUUGGUGCUACUGCUAUCUUCGUUGCUGCCAAGUACGAGGAGAUCAACUGCCCAUCCAUCAAUGAGAUCGUCUACAUGGUCGACGGAGGAUACAGCGUUGAUGAGAUUCUCAAGGCCGAGCGAUUCAUGCUCAGCAUGCUUCAGUUCGAGCUGGGAUGGCCUGGACCCAUGAGCUUCCUCCGCCGAAUCAGCAAGGCUGAUGACUACGACUUGGAGACCCGCACCCUGGCCAAGUACUUCCUCGAGAUCACCAUCAUGGACGAGCGAUUCGUGAGCUCCCCACCCAGCUAUGUCGCUGCCGGUGCCCACUCCCUUGCCCGCUUCAUGCUCAAGAAGGGUGACUGGUCCCCAGCUCAUGUCUACUACGCUGGCUACACCUGGUCUCAACUUCGCCCUCUCGUUGUGCUCAUCGUCGAGUGCUGUGAGUCCCCAUUGAAGCAUCACGCUGCCGUUUUCGAGAAGUACUCGGAUCGUCGAUACAAGCGUGCUUCUCACUUCGUCCAGUCCGAGCUGAUCCGAGGCUUCCGUGUCCCUGCGGUUGCUGUGCUCGCAAUCCUGCAAUUGAUCAUCCAUGAGCGAACUGGGCAGCAAGCCUUCGCUCUCUUCCCACAGUGGAAGAUGAUACUUGGUAGCUACGGAAAAGGCUUCGCAACUGAGCUCAGGAGACGCCAACUCGCCAGAAGCUACAGCUACCCAAGCCAAGCCAAACGGGCUCUGGGGAUCACGGACAGGAUGGCGGACCUCACAAAGGCGAAGGAGGUAGUGAAGGAGGCUCUUGUUGGCACCGAGGUGGUGGAAGAAGACGUGCAGCUAUCCGCCCUGUCCAAGGCGACCUUUGACAAGAACGCGCGGAAGGAUGAGGAUAGUGGGGAGCUCUUCAUGGGCGAGGAAGAGUUCAUCAAUGCCGUUGCGCCCGACACGGAGGACUACCACAAGAUCAAACGUGAACAAUAUGCGAUUCUCUUCAAGGUUGCAGAUCGGAGAAACACGGGCAAGGUCAACCUCUUCGACUGGGGCACGUUCGAGAACCUCCUCGCGAAACCAGACGCCGAGUACGAGAUUGCCUUCCGCUUGUUCGAUGUCGAGCAGACUGGUACCGUCAAAUACGAUGACCUGAAGAAGCUGUACGAGAUGAACAAGGGCCCGGAGAGUAUACCAUUCGAUUGGAACUGCGAGUGGGCGAAUCUGUACAGCGGGGGGAAGAAGCGCCGACACGACCUGACCUAUCCCCAGUUCUCGCAGAUGCUGAGAGGGCUGCAGGGAGAGCGGAUACGACAGGCCUUCCACUAUUUUGACAAGGAUGGAGAUGGAUAUAUCGAGCCAGAGGAGUUCCAGCGCAUCAUCUUGCAGACGGCGAGACACAAGCUCUCGGAUCAUCUUCUGGAGAACUUACAUACGCUGUGUAAUAUCUCUACUGGCAGCAAGAUCUCAUACGCCAACGUUCGUGCGUUCCAGAAUAUGAUUCGCGAGAUGGAUCUGGUGGAGAUGAUUAUCAGACAGGCCACGGCGCAAAGUGCUGAUGGGAAGAUUACUCGCACUGAGUUCCUCAACGAAGCUGCGCGCGUCACUCGAUUCUCUCUCUUUACGCCCAUGGAAGCUGAUAUUCUGUUCCACUUUGCCAGUCUCGACGAGCCAUCCGGACGACUCGGCCUCUCGGAUUUCGCAAAGGUGCUUGAUGCUUCGUGGCGCAAUGCAUUCUCCGAAGCUGGAAGAGCUGGUGCUGCGAAAGCCAAAACCUCAAGUGAGACCUUCUUCCGCCGCGUCUUGGAAUCCGUGCAUCACUUUGCGCUGGGUUCUCUGGCGGGUGCGUUUGGCGCAUUCAUGGUCUACCCCAUCGAUUUGGUCAAGACGAGAAUGCAGAACCAGCGAUCGUCGCGUGUGGGUGCGAUGCUGUACAAGAACUCUCUGGACUGCGCGAGGAAAGUUAUCCAGAACGAGGGGUUCAAGGGCCUGUAUUCAGGUGUCUUGCCCCAACUUGUAGGUGUCGCCCCCGAAAAGGCCAUCAAAUUGACCGUCAACGAUCUCGUCCGAGCACAACUCUCCGGCCAAGAUGGGUCCAUUCGCCUUCCUCACGAAAUCCUGGCCGGAGGAACUGCAGGAGCCUGCCAAGUCAUCUUCACCAACCCCCUUGAAAUUGUCAAAAUCCGCCUGCAGGUGCAAGGAGAAGUAGCCAAGAAUGUCGACGGCGCCCCUCGCCGCUCCGCUAUGUGGAUCGUCCGUAACCUGGGUCUGGUCGGCCUCUACAAAGGCGCCUCGGCCUGUCUCCUCCGCGACGUCCCCUUCUCCGCCAUCUACUUCCCCACCUACAACCAUCUGAAGCGCGACUACUUCGGAGAAUCACAAACCAAGUCGCUGGGGAUCCUGCAGCUGCUCACUGCAGGCGCUAUUGCAGGUAUGCCGGCUGCGUACCUGACCACGCCCUGCGACGUGAUCAAAACCCGUCUGCAGGUCGAGGCUCGCAAGGGCGAGAGCUCCUACACCUCCCUCCGCCAGUGCGCCACCACGAUCUUCAAAGAGGAGGGCUUCAAAGCCUUCUUCAAGGGCGGCCCGGCGCGCAUCCUGCGUUCGAGUCCACAAUUCGCAUUCACGCUCGCGGGCUACGAGGUCCUGCAGGGCCUGCUCCCCUUGCCGGGUGAGGAGAAGGACGCGCCGCACAUGGGCGUCGGCGCUUCUUCGCACGGUCUGCCUGGGCAAGACGGCCCGCUGAGUUAUCUGCGGAGCAGGAACGCGCUGAAGAUCAUCCUUGACCUGGACGGGGAGUUUGGGAAGAGGAGGGUCCCGGGGAAGGAGGCGUGGCAGAGCUUACCGAAGAUUGUUGGAGGGGGUGGUGGAGGGGCACGCGCGUGA